GUUUCUAUGUCUCAGCAAUCCUUGUUCAGUGCGAGGUGGAUUCUGGUUGUCUGAAGGCUGCUGCUAUGCAGAAAUGCCUAGAGCUAAGUCGCCUAACGAAGCCCAACUCCGGGAUGAAGUCCAUAAAGUUCAAGCGGACGACGCCAGGCAGCAUUACCUAUGUAGUCACAAGCAACCGGCCGCCCUAUCCUAAACGAGUCCUCGACCCCACGCAUCCCGCGCUACACCUCAAGCCAUCUCAGUAUGCGAACGCGUUCCCCUGGCGUGCCUAUCCCGGCUUCGGUCUCCGCGCGUUGCCCAAGAGCCUCCUCGACAAGCCUUCUGUACCGUUUCCCGACCCUCCGUUUUCCGUGCAGCCCCCACGGAGCGUCACUCUAGACUCAGGACAGGCGUGGGACGAUGACGGCGGCAGCGACGCUACGAGCGAGAACCGAUGGGUAGCGAAGGGCACGGUGAAGUGGGCGGAGGAAGAGAGAUGGCGGAUCAGUAUGUCGCUCGUCGACGUGGUCGCCAAGGGCGUCGGGGGCCGCGUGGUGCGCGUGAAGGUGCUGAACAAGCUCAAGAACGCGAUCGCGCUCGUCGUGACACGGGGCGCGGACGUUGAGGAGGGCGCAGACGGUGCGAAGCGGAUCGUGUUCCGAGAGAGGGAGGCGGGGUCUGGCUGGGUGUUGCGUGAUUGGACGUAUCUGUGCAGGCCCGAGCCCCAGCUCAACCUCAUGCCCUACACCGAGCUCAUCCCCAGCAUCCGGCGCGCCCUCAAAGACGUCUUCAUCCCCGGCCAGAAGCUCGAGGACGAGUGGAGCACGCCCGCCGCGCUCCAGGUCGCGCAGCUCCUCGCCUCGCUCGGGGCUCUCGGUGGCAGUCCGGGGCCAGCGACGGGGCGCUCCGCGAACCUCGUCGCAAAGAGCGCGGAGCUCAAGCGGAUCAUGGACGAGCUCGCAAAGCACGGCGUGACAGCCCCCGGGGAGUGGGAGGUCCAGCCGGGCGACACGUUCCUCAGCGCGAUGCUGAAGCGGUACCGGGAGCUCAUUGCGGAGACGAGGGCGGAGGCCUCCGCCAGUCUAUCAGCAGGAUCUUCAGCUUCCCCCUCGACGUUUCCGAUCGUGCCUCAUAGGGCCCCGCCGCUAGGCAAUGCGGAUGCUAUGAGGGCUAUCCCUGGCCGCGACGCCGCGAACACCCUCUCUGCGGGUUAUGCUUCGAAGCAGAGCACUCUCGGCGAUGAAACGAGGCGACCCCGCUUCCGCGGUGACGAAAGCUCGCCCUCCACCUACCAUCCUACCCAUAGGGCCCAUCGCUCAAUCCCUCCGCAAGGCCAGGCAUACCCCAAGCGACCGGACCCGAGAUGAGGCAGGGGAGCGCGGUAAUCAGGACGUCACUUAGUGCGCCAUAUAAUGCCUAAUCAGAAAAAAGCCUACUCGCAGAUGCGUUACACCUUUGGAGGUGAUCUGUUGGAUACACGUCAUAGGACAGCAGCACUACUAAAGCCAGCAUGUAUAUCUCGCGGAUCUGAACGUCGAUCGGCAAACAUCACGAGCUAUAGCGAGCGGUCUCUGUACCUCGUU